AUGGCUUUUCUUCAGGUGAGAUGCAGGCUGACAGGCCACGAGAUGCCAUGUCGGCUGUCGGAGCUGCAGGCUUAUACUAAUGGCAAGAAGUAUCAGCGGCUGAUGAAGACAGCCAGAGAGUUUGACUAUGGCAAGUUUGAGCCCCAUAUAGUGCCCAGCACAAAGAAUCUGCACCAGCUGUUUUGCAAGCUCACUCUCAGACACAUCAACAAGUUUCCAGAGCACGUGCUGCGUCACGUCCAAGGGAAGCGCUACCAGAAGGCCCUAAAAACAUAUGAGGAGUGCCAGAAGGAAGGAGUGGAGUACGUCCCUGCCUGCUUGCGACAGAAGAAGCACCAGCGGACGCAGCACCCCGAUGACCAAAUGAACGGGAGCAGGCAGCCUUACAGAAAAGAGGAAUUCUGGGAGCCAAAGUCCAGCGAUGAGGACGGAGAGGAGACGGACGACAGCAUGAGUGACCUGUACCCAUCCGCACUCUUCCCAGAAAAAAGCCCAGCAGCUCCACAAACCACAAAGGGCAGCGAUGACUUUGCAACAGACAGCGAGGAUGAGGAUGGUGGGAGAAUGGAUGUCAGCAGAGCAGUUGGCAACAAAAGAGGAAAGAAACAGUCAGGCCCUUUAAAGAAGAAAUUCAAGAGUCAUCAUCGAAAACCCAAGAACUUCAAGAAAGCAACCAACGGCAAAUAAAUUUUAUGAUAAAUA